CUGGCUUCACCGCUUCUGAUUGGUCUUCUGACUUGGUCCGAUUUAAGGUCAUUAUCCUAAUCAGCCGUGGAUGAAGUGAGGAGGUGGUGGGGGUUAAAAAAAAAAAGCAGAAACCAAACAAGAACGGUGGAGUUUGGCGUGGAGAGUCGUUUCUUCGCGAACCGACGGACCACCACCACUGGCUGAGGGAAGAAUGCUUGAAAACAAGAGAGAGAGAUUGAAAACCUUCCUUAGGAAGAUCGACGAGAAGGCCAUUGUCAAACUAAAGCACUUCAUGAAAGAGAGCAGCUACCCAGUGGAGAGUGGCGGGCUGCCAGCCAAAGCCAAGAAAAGCAGGAACAGCCAGAGCAAUGGCGCCAUCAAGAAGACCGAGGCGAAGAAAGCCUUGAGUUUAGAGACUGCUCAGCUCGAGCUCCAGCAGCAGCACAAAACCGUCAGCAGACAAAUUGCCAUCAGAUCGGAGACAUUUGAUGGUGACAACAAAGGCUUCGAGAGAACAGAAAGCACCGGCAGGCAAAGUAGUUUCACAAAGCACAACAAAACAUUCCACAAGUUGUUUCCAGACAUUCCUGAGGAAGAAGACUUGAUGCAUGCAUACAUCUGUGCUCUGCAGAGAGAAGUGCCGUAUCACGGUCGCCUCUACAUCACCGACACCCACGCCUGUUUCUUUUCCUCAGUUCUGCUGAAGGACACUAAGGUUGUCAUUCCGGUUUCCUCCAUCCACACAGUGAAGAAACAGAAAACGGCUCUGCUGGUACCCAACGCCUUGUCUCUUCGUACCUCAGAUGGAGAGAAGUACGUCUUUGUGUCGCUGAGGAACAGGGAAUCGUGUUACCAGCUGCUUCGCUCCGUCUGCCCUCAGAUAGAGGACGGCAGCACCAACAGUAGCCCUCGCUUUUCCUCAGGCGAAAACAGCUUUGACAAAAGCAAACACGUGAACUCCAGCCAGUCCAGCUUGGACGACAGCUUGGAUGGUUCUGAAACUCAGUCCUUACAGAACCAGCCUCUGCAGAGAGCUCACCGAGAAGCAGUGCCUCAUGGAAACGGUUCAGGUUUCAGCAGUCCGCAGACUGACAGCUCAUCCACAGAGGAGCUCUCCGAGUCAGGUGGAUCGUGGAUGUGGAAUGUGACUGAAAAAGCCAAGUCUCUGCUGGUUCAGAGAGAGUUCAGCACCCUCAACACUCUUCUCUUUAUUUACUUGAUUUUGGUGGUGCUGCUGCUGCUGUCUUCGGGUUACAUCGGUCUCCGUAUCGUGGCUCUGGAGGAACAGCUUACGUCCCUCGGUGCUCUGCCAGAGUUCACCUUACAGAGCGGGUAUAACAAAAACACAUAAUCCUCAGCGACGGGAGGAGGGACGGGCGGACUUGUGAUUGGAAGAUGAUUUCAGCCUCUCUGCAGCUGAACCUGAAGGGCCAACUUUAACGUACUCGGACUCUGCUCCCCAACAUGGCCGGCGCUGUUAUGUAGAGGAAGAGCAGCAACCUCGUGCAAUUUCAGAGUCGCUAACUUGAAACAGCUCUUCUUCCUCCAAGUGCAGUAAAUAAACGGGCGUGUUGCAGCCUCAUCACACAGAGCCAAGCCAAAUAAAUACUCACGCUGCCUGGUUGCAGUGUGCCAGUUGUUUAAAAAACCAAAGCCACAAUGGCUCAAACUCAGCAAAGUGCCACACUAGCCAAGUCAGAUGGCACUUUGCUUUCAGAAACUUUUCGACAUCUGUGAAUCUGUCACCCAUUGUCCUGUUCUCCCUGAGCAUGCAAUCUGAAUAGGGCUAUACUGAUCAGCAUUAGCCUGCUGUAGUGCUUUUUGCUGCACUUCAACACUGGAGACGUAGCGCUAUGCAUAGCCAAAGAUGCACAAAGUGCACAUCUUUUGCAUGAGUGCACAGAGAAAAGUUUUCUAUCUCUUUCAUCAGCUGUAAACUCAGUCCUGUCUGUCUCUACAUUGAGCAAGUUUUGGGUACUUUAAAUUGUUCUUUCUCAUUGGCUGUGGGUUGAAAUGAUGAUUUUUUAUUUUUUUUUAAAGAAAAAUAUUUAACGCAGAUCAGCCCACAGAGGCAUAAUCAUUUCCUGAUGGUCUUAUCCUUUCUCUCAAUCCGCCAUGAUUGCAGUUAUACUUUCUUCGUUUUUUGGCAUGAUUUAAACAUGUUAAACGAUCAAUGCUCUGGAUGAAUGCAUCUUCAAUGCACAAAUACUCAGCACAACUGGACACUAAGUUGUCCAAAAGGCGUAGAUUUUGGUCUUCGAGAGCGGAUUCAAAUCUCUGGUUCAGACGUUUAGUUGUUGUAGCGUCUUCAUG